AUGUCUGUUUCUGCAUCAAAAGCCAAGAGAGAACAAAAGCGUUUGGAAAGAGAAGCAAAGAAAUCUGCUGCUGGUAAAUCUACCAAAAAGACAAAGAAACAAGCAGCUAAAGAUGCUGAAGAAUCUGAUGUUGAAGAUACUGAAACUCAAAUUGCCAAGUUGAAAUUACAACAAGAUGAAUAUGGUUUAUCUGAUAGAGUUACCACUGGUAUUUUAGAUUCCUUGGAAACUUCCAGAGAUAUUAAAUUAUCUUCUGUUUCUCUUUUAUUCCAUGGUAAAGUUUUAAUUCAAGAUUCUACUUUAGAAUUGAAUUAUGGUAGAAGAUAUGGUUUAUUAGGUGAAAAUGGUUGUGGUAAAUCUACUUUAUUGAAAUCACUUGCAGCAAGAGAAUUCCCAAUUCCAGAAGUCAUUGAUAUUUAUUUAUUAAAUGAACCAGCUGGACCAACUGAAUUUUCUGCAUUGGAAUAUGUUGUUAGAGAAGCUGAACAUGAAAUGCAAAGAUUAGAACAAUUGGUUGAAGAUCUUAUUGUCAAGGAAGGUCCAGAAUGUCCUCAAUUAGACGGUAUCUAUGAAAAAAUUGAUGAAAUGGACCCAGCUACUUUUGAAUCAAGAGCUGCGGUUAUCUUAACUGGUUUGGGUUUCAACUCCGUCACCAUCAACAAGAAGACCAAGGACAUGUCCGGGGGUUGGAGAAUGCGUGUUGCUUUAGCUAAAGCCUUAUUCGUCAAACCAACCUUAUUAUUAUUAGAUGAUCCAACUGCCCAUUUGGAUUUAGGUGCCUGUGUUUGGUUAGAAGAAUACUUGAAGAGAUUUGACAGAAUCUUAAUCUUGGUUUCCCACUCUCAAGAUUUCCUUAAUGGUGUCUGUACAAACAUGAUUGAUAUGAGAAUGAAAGCAUUAACUACAUACGGUGGUAAUUACGAUUCUUAUGUUAAAACCAGAGCUGAAUUGGAAACAAACCAAAUGAAACAAUAUAACAAACAGCAAGAAGAAAUUGCUCAUAUUAAGAAGUUUAUUGCAUCAGCUGGUACUUAUGCUAACUUGGUCAAACAAGCCAAAUCUAGACAAAAGAUUUUAGAUAAGAUGGAAGCUGAUGGAUUGAUUCAACCAGUUGUUCCAGAUAAAGUAUUCACUUUCAGAUUCCCAGAUGUUGAAAAAUUACCUCCACCAGUCUUGGCCUUUGAUGAUAUGUCAUUCUCUUAUUCUGGUAAAGACGAAGAUAACUUAUAUGAACAUUUAGAUAUUGGUAUCGAUAUGGAUUCAAGAGUUGCAUUAGUUGGUCCAAAUGGGGUUGGUAAAUCCACUUUAUUAAAAUUAUUCCAAGGUAAAUUACAACCCCAAAAGGGUAGAGUCAUUCAACAUACUCAUAUCAAAUUAGGUGUCUAUUCCCAACAUUCACAAGAUCAAUUAGAUUUAACCAAAUCCCCAUUAGAAUUCGUUCGUGAUAAAUUCUCAAAUAUUUCUCAAGAUUAUCAAUAUUGGAGACAACAAUUAGGUCGUUUCGGUUUAACUGGUGAAGGUCAAACUUCUCAAAUGGCCACCUUAUCAGAAGGUCAAAGAUCUCGUGUCGUUUUCGCCCUUUUGGCUAUCGAAUCUCCAAACUUGAUUUUAUUGGAUGAACCUACUAACGGUUUAGAUUUAUCUACUAUUGAUUCCCUUGCUGAGGCUAUUAAUCAAUUCAAUGGUGGUGUUGUCGUUGUUUCCCAUGAUUUCAGAUUGUUGGAUAAAGUCGCCAAAGACAUUUUUGUUAUUGAAAAUAAGACAGCUACUAGAUGGGAAGGUUCUAUUUUGGACUAUAAGAAAUCAUUGGCUGAUAAGGUUGUUAUUUAA